AUGUUUCGGGCAAGCUCCUCUAGAUUCCUGACGAGGAAUUUGACCUCGUCCGCCCGAUCACAGAGCGCAUUAGUCAGAUCCUCUCCUGCUCGCCUAUCAGUCCGCACUCUUGCGUCCGUCAACGUCCCCGCCGGACAGGAACCUACUGAGCUCGACAACAUUUCCACAUUGCCAAAUGGCGUCCGCGUCGCAUCCGAGGCCCUUCCGGGGUCCUUCUCGGGCGUUGGCGUAUACAUCGAAGCCGGCUCGCGAUUCGAGAACCCUUACCUCAGCGGUGUCAGUCACAUCGUCGACCGUCUAGCUUUCGCGUCAACGAACAAGAGAACGGGCGAGCAAAUGCAGGAAACCGUCGAGUCGCUGGGCGGAAACAUACAAUGCGUCUCGAGCAGAGAGUCUAUGAUGUACCAAGCCGCCACAUUCAAUUCAGCCGUUCCCGUUGCCAUGGAACUUCUCGCUGAGACGAUACGAAACCCCCAGAUCACCGAGGAGGAAGUCGCCCAGGAGCUGGCAACUGCCGAGUACGAGAUCACAGAGAUCUGGAAGAAGCCAGAACUCAUCUUACCGGAGCUUGUCCACAUGGCUGCUUUCAAGGAUAACACGCUAGGGAAUCCACUGCUGUGCCCUGCAGAAAGGAUACCCGAAAUCAACAAGUCCGUUGUUGACACCUACCGAAAUGCUUUUUACCGACCUGAACGCACCGUCGUUGCCUUCGCCGGAGUACCUCACGCGGAAGCAGUGCGACUAGCGACCCAGUUCUUUGGCGAUAUGAAAGGCUCAGGCCGACCUGUGCUCUCAAGAAGCGGCUCGGAAACGUCUCUGGAUUCGGCAGCAUCAGACGUGUCCGCAACACCAACUGAGAGCUCGUACUCGUCGAGUGCGUCGUCCACAUCUUCUACGUCAUCUCAGCAGCCCAGCAUAUUGUCCAGGAUACCCCUUUUCAAGAACCUCUCUACUUCAGCCUCAAGCAACGCCUCCGUCGUCGAGCCGAGCAAGCUUUAUCCGACACAACAGCAACUGACUGCCCCUGCUCAAUACACGGGUGGCUUUGUUUCGCUCCCCUCUCAACCUCCCUCAUACAACCCUAUGCAGCCCGUCUUUACACAUAUCCACCUCGCAUUUGAGGGACUUCCUAUCGCCUCGGACGACAUCUACGCCUUAGCGACGCUGAACACCCUUCUUGGAGGCGGAGGUUCUUUCUCCGCCGGAGGACCCGGGAAGGGCAUGUACUCACGAUUGUACACCAAUGUUCUCAACCAGCAUGGAUGGGUCGAAUCAUGCAUUGCAUUCAACCACUCCUACACCGACUCCGGUUUGUUUGGUAUCUCGGCAAUGUGUAUUCCUGGACGGACACAGGCUAUGCUUGAUGUCAUGUGCCAAGAACUGCGUGCGCUGACACUUGAAACUGGUUUUGCCGCACUGGGACAGGUCGAAGUCAACCGUGCAAAGAACCAGUUACGAUCAAGCCUCUUGAUGAACCUCGAAAGCCGGAUGGUCGAGCUUGAGGACCUUGGCAGGCAAGUCCAGGUCCAUGGCCGCAAGGUACCAGUCCAUGAGAUGUGUCGCAAGAUCGAGGCUCUUACCGUACAAGAUUUGCGCCGCGUCGCUCAGCAGGUCACUGGCGGUCUGGUACAGAACCCAGGUACUGGCAGUGGCCAUCCUACUGUUGUCUUGCAAGAGGCACAGAACCCUGGCUCUUCGGCAAAAGCCAUGAGUUGGGAAGAGAUCCAGGAUAGAAUCUAUAGAUGGGGCCUCGGUAGAAGGUAG